AUGGCCGACGUCGAAUCUGCCAAGCGCGCUGCCGCACACACCGCUGUUGCGAACCACUACCCCAAGGAUGCUCGCUGGGUUGGUAUCGGCAGCGGAACGACGAUUGUCUACGUUGUCGAGGCUAUCAAGGCCCUCGGUGUCGACACUACCCCUACCCGCUACGUGCCAACAGGCUACCAGUCCCGCCAGCUAAUCAUCAGCGCCGGAUUGACGGCUGUUGAGUUCGAUGCUAUCCCCGCCGGCGUGGUGCUGGAUGUUGCAUUUGACGGUGCGGACGAGGUCGACGACGAGCUUAACUGCAUCAAGGGUGGUGGUGCUUGUCUGUUCCAGGAGAAGCUGGUCGCUAUGCAAGCGAAGGAGUUCAUCUGCGUUGCUGAUUCGCGCAAGCUUGUGUCUCGUCUUCUUACCAACUGGAAAUACGUUCCUGUCGAGGUCGCUCCUAUUGCCGCUUACCGUGUUCUGAACAAGCUGAAGGAGCUUGGUAGCAUUGACCCGGUUAUCCGUAUCAACUUGGAUGAGAAGGAGGGCCCUCGCAAGACUGAUCAGGACUUCUUCCUGAUUGAUGCUCCUUUCCCUGUUAUGCUCACCCAGGCUGAUGUUGCUGCGGGCAAGGUCUCUGGCCAGAAUGGCGUCUGGGAGGUUAACGAGCUGUCGAAGAAGAUCAAGGAGAUCGGUGGAGUUCUUGAUGUCGGCAUCUUCUCUGGUCUGACCGGUCCUCAGGCUGCUGCUGCUGGUGGCAUUGGUGGCCAACGUCCUGUUGCGGCUUACUUCGGUAUGCCUGAUGGCUCGGUGGCAGUGCGCAAGGCCUCUACUUGA